ACGUCUCAAAGUCUGGGGCUCGCGGUUGUCCAUUCCCUGUACCCCCGCGACCCAGCGCUCCUCUUCCUCACGGAAUGCGUGCAGCGCACGUGGUCAGCUGAGCCGUGGACUUUGUGUCGAGACGCCCCCUUACACGUGAUCGCCCUUGCCCCGGCCGGGUCCCUCCGCCCCUCCGGUUCGUGCCCCUCCCCACCGACGUCCUCUGAGCGGGCCGCAGGAGGAGGGACAGCGGUCGCGCGCUCUGCCCGUUAGAAUCGAGCUUCCACUCUAGAGGAGAAGGGGAAGAGGGAGGGUCCCGGGAGCUCGAGACGCCGUGGGGGGAAGGAAGGUCCGGGCCAGGCCAGAAAAUUGCACGUGAGGCGGUGGGAAGCUUUGUGCCGGCCAAGCUAGAGGGACUUGGGCGUUUCCUUUGUUUCUCCUUUCCAUUUCACAAUCUCGGAGGAAAGGCGCCAUGGAAGUCCCCUUAGCCCCCCGAGAGUCCGCGGAAUUCGUGGCCCGCCGUAGCCAGGACGUGUUUGUCGAGAGAGCCGGAGUCGAGCGAGUGGCCGAGAUGCUACUGGACAAGGUCCCCGGCCGAGAAUUCGGCUUGGGGGGCUGGAAGUCCUUGCACGAGCUGAACCCUCAGGCGGCCGAUGAAGACGCGGUCAACUGGGUGUUUGUGGCCGACACACUCAAUUUCUCCUUUUGGUCCGAAAGCGAAGAUCGCAAGUGUGGGGUGAAGUACCGGGGGAAAACCUACAGCGGUUACUGGGCCCUUUGCGCUGCAAUCAACCGAGCCUUGGAUGAAGGAAUACCCCUCACUAGAGCUUCAUACUAUGCCACGGUUACCCUUGAUCAGCUUCAGCAUAUUUUGCGCUCUGACACAGAAGUGCCUAUGCCUUUGAUAGAAGAGAGGCAUCAGAUUCUCAAUGAAACUGGAAAAAUUUUACUUGAGAAGUUUGGAGGGUCUUUUCUUAACUGUGUUCGCAAAAGUGACAAAAGUGCACAAAAACUCCUGUCCCUGGUAGUUGAAAGUUUCCCUUCUUAUAGAGAUGUAGCUGUAUAUCAGGGUAAAAAGAUUUCAUUUUACAAACGGGCUCAGAUACUUGUGGCAGAUAUUUGGUGUGUCUUAGAAGGAAAAGGAGAUGGCUGUUUCAGUGACAUUUCCAGUAUCACUAUGUUUGCUGACUACAGACUACCUCAGGUUCUUGCUCACUUGGGAGCAAUAAGAUACUCUGAUGAACUAUUGAAGAAACUUCUUAAAGGAGAAAUGAUUCCAUCUGGGGAUAAACAAGAGGUGGAAAUCAGAGGCUGUUCUGUUUGGUGUGUUGAGCUGAUUCGAGAUCGACUUCUAGAACUUGUUGAAAAAGAGGGAGUAAAAAUCUGUGCAGAAAUAAAUUCAGUUCUUCUUGAUUAUUAUUUAUGGGAUUAUGCCCGGGAUCACAGGGAAGAUAUGAAAGGAAUUCCAUUUCAUCACACACGAUGCAUAUAUUAUUGAUUAUAAGUUCAUCAGACACCUGAGUUUUCUAAUAAUCAGUUGUGCACCUUGUCUUUUAUUAUGGUUAACCAGAAAAAAGUGUAACACAAAUUAUGGGGGAGAAAAAGGAUUAUUUCACUUUCUUACUGACCUUCCUUACUACUGUGCAUUCCAAAUUUCACUUUUUGUUUGAUCGUUUCAAUAUUCCAAUUUUUCUUAUUGCAAAAUUUCUUUCAUAAUCAUGCCUUUUAAAUGUGAUCAAUUUUCAGUGGGAUUUUUCUACCAUUUAUUAGUUUGUAAUCUUUCUUAUUUUAUAUCCAUUUACCAUUUGCUAUGCUCAUCUGUUCAAAAUUUUCACAUAUGUAUGCAAUCAUGGGUUGUAUAAGUUGAAAAAAAGGGAAGUGUAUGUAUACACAUGAAAGUGUGUAUUUUAAUAAUCAUGGGUUGUAUAAGUUGAAAAAAGGGAAGUGUAUGUAUACACAUGAAAGUGUGUAUUUUAAUGACACUGUUGUACCAAUAAGGAUGCUGUUGCAAAAAUCAAAGGAUGAAGUUUUUAAAACUAUAACUAUAUUUGGUCUACGACAGAGAUUAGAAGAUUAAAGAUUCCUUUUGAUGUAAUAUAACUUAUAAAUGUCUGAUUUGGAAUUGAAUAAAGUUUUUGA